AGGAGGUUGGACACUAGAGGGCGAUGCCCGGCUCCGCAGAGGAAGCGGGGGUAUAAAUAGCAGGCCGAGGGCUGGAGGAGACAGCCCGGGAGCAAGUCGAGCCGGAGCGAGAAAGAAACAGCCAGCCAGCCGCUGAGGAUUCGAGCCCGGCGCAGCCUCAGCCUGGAUCUGGCGGGCCCCCCGCCAUGCGCCGCGGCCCGCUUUAGCUACUCGAUGGAGCCGGGCAACUUCUACGAGGUGGACUCGCGGCCCCCCCGGAGCAGCGCCCUCCAGCCGCACCCCCCGCAGCAGCGCCACCAGCCCGCCCUGCCUUCCUCGCCCGCCGUCGCGGUACACCCGCACCUACCUUCGCACGCCCAGCAGCAGCAGCAGCCCGGCGGCGCCUAUAGCUACCUGGGCUCGGCGGCGUCGGACCUCCCGGACAUCUGCGAGCACGAGAACUCCAUCGACCUGAGCGCCUACAUCGACCCCGGCGCCUUCAACGACGAGUUCCUGGCCGACCUCUUCCAGCAUAGCCGGCAGCAGGAGCGUGCGGCCAAGGCCGGCGGCCUGGAGUACGGCAGCGGCGUCGGGGCGGGGAUGCCGGGCGGCGGGUUCCCACAGGGCAGCGGCGGCCCGCUCUACGGCUACGCGGAUAAGCUGGCCCCCACCGCGGCCUACGAGCGCCUAGGCGGGGGGGCCCCUCCGCUGCCCGGCCUGCGCCCCUUGCUCAUCAAGCAGGAACCCCACGAGGACGACGAGGCCGCGGCGCUGGCCGCCCUCUACCCGCCGCCCCCGGGGGGCCCCAACUGCAGCCACCUCCAGUACCAGGUAGCACAUUGCGCCCAGACGACGGUGCACCUGCAGCCGAGCGGGCAGCCCACGCCGCCGCCCACGCCGGCCCCCAGCCCGCACACCGUCGCCGCCCACCACCAGCACCACCACCGGCUCCACGCCGGGGCCGCGCCGUCGUCGGGCAAGAGCAAGAAGUCUCUGGACAAGAACAGCAGCGAGUACCGCGUGCGCCGCGAGCGCAACAACAUCGCCGUGCGCAAGAGCCGCGACAAGGCCAAGCAGCGCAACGCCGAGACGCAGCAGAAGGUGAUGGAGCUCAGCAACGACAACGAGCGGCUCCGCAAGCGCGUGGAGCAGCUCAGCCGCGAGCUCGAGACCCUGCGCGGCAUCUUCCGGCAGCUGCCCGAGAGCUCGCUCGUCAAGGCCAUGGGCAGCUGCGCCUGAGCGCUCCGACGACCGGACCCGGACUGCCGCCGCCGAGCUGCGCAGAGCGGCCCUGGGCGCGCUGGCUCGCUCUCGAUCCUUCGCUCUAUGUCUGCUGCAAGCGGUGCUCCGAAGCCUCUCCCGGGGAGGUACCGGGGCUCCGACGUGACUGGACUUUCCCCUCGGGGAGCCCUUCGCCCGAGAACUGGAGGAAAGGGGAGGGGGCUGACAGCGGAGCCUCGUGGUAUGUGAGAAGGCCCACAUUUCCCAGGUUAUUACUGAAAAACUGGUUUUGGACGCGCUUGCGGGGUUGAGAACCCAAACCGCCCCCUUCUGUGCCUUAGAGGGGGGGUGUCCUUCAUUGUCAACUGUUGGCUGGACUGGACAGGUGAUGUUAAGAGCCCUGGCAUCUCAGGCGCACCCCCUUCCCCCCAAAGACCCCAGGCAGAGGAAUUAGGGGUCUGCCAGAAGGAACUGGAGUGGGUUUGUGGCGAAAGGGAGUGAGCAAAAUGUGUCACAGAUGUGCCUGGUGGUGCUUUUGGGGUUGGGGAGUCUUCAGGUGUGAGGAGGAAAGAGUGUCAUGGGGGAUGCCACUGCUGCUUUUCAAAGAGAACCCCCUUCCCAUCUUAAAAGGGGGGCAGGCAGGUUGAGGAAAGGAGGGAGAGAAGGUGUGGACAUCUUUUUCUAAUUGUCAAGUCAUUCCACCCCCUUGGACAGAAGUUCAGGACCCAAAGGGAAACGGCUGCCAGCUUUGGGGCAGGCUGGGUCUCCUCCACCCUGCAGAAGAGCAGCGUUUUUGUCUGUACUGUAUGCUGAUUGUGGCGAACCCCCUAACUGAAAGACCUCUGGAUGUGGGAAUGGACAGGUUCAAGCCUCUCAAGUUCUUGGCUCCUCUCCCUCCGCCCCUGCCCUCCUGUCUGUGCCUUCUGUACUGUGAAAGCCAAGAGGUCCCCUUGGUGUCUGCUGACCCCUCUUUUAUUAUUAUUAAUAUUAUUAUUUUGUAUUUUAUUGCUCAGAUCCUUGCCAUCUCACCAGCUGGGACUAGUGGUGUCCUAUCCCUUUCUUUAAAAAAAAAAAACUUUAAAAAAAACUACUGGCUUCCAAGGCAGGGAAGCUGACAUUGGAGCCAUCUCUAGCUCCAACUCCAGUGUGACCUGCACGGAUUCCCUCUUGAAGGCAGGGAGCGAUUGGGUCUCGGACACCCAUUGCACUUGUAGGCACAGGCGUUUGGCUCUGGGAUCCCAGAGUUUCCAUUCUUAGGAAAAUGAGGGGAGACUCUUCUGUUUUGCUCUGACCUCCACUUGGACCCCACGUCCCAGUAAAGCACUUUUAACCAGCUGGUGCUUCUCCUCUUAAGAAAUAGCACUGAGUUUUAACCAAAGUGCCAAUUUUAAGUACUCUCAGUACCAGGUAGAAAAAUGUUUAAAAGUUUUUCUUCUUAAAAAUGAAUACCUGAAAAUUAAUGUUUUUAUAUAUAUGGUGUAUUUUGGAGCAAAGAUCCAGACCUUUAUACACCCCGGUUUUAAAACUCAUAAAUAAAAUGUAAAACAUCCUGCCAUAA